GAUGUCCUGGUCUGUUGAGGGAAUCUUCCUUCCGAAGGAGGACGUCCGCCAUGUGGUCCCUCUGGGGUCUUCUUCUCUGCGAAGUCCUCCUUCCCAUCGUGGUUAUCGGCGGCGUCCAAGUGCUCAGCAAGGUGGGGGACUCCGUGUUGCUGGCGGCAGAGUGCCCUCCUGGCUUCCAAGUGCGCGAGGCCAUCUGGCGAUCUCUCUGGCCGUCAGAGGAGCUCCUGGCCACGUUUUUCCGGGGUUCCUUGGAGACGCUGUACCACUCCCGGUUCCUGGGCCGAGUCCAGCUACAUGGCAACCUCAGCCUGGAGCUUGGGCCCCUGAAAACUGGAGACAGCGGCAACUUCUCCGUGCUGAUGGUGGACACCGCGGGUCAAACCUGGACCCAGACCCUGCAUCUCAAGGUGUACGAUACGGUGCCCAAGCCCGUGGUUCAAGUGUUCACUGCUGCGACGGAAGAGGUUCAACCCCCCAGUACCUGCCAGGUCUUCUUGUCCUGCUGGGCCCCCAACAUCAGUGACAUAACCUAUAGCUGGCGACGGGAGAGGCUGAUGGGCGUUGACGUGGAACCGCACAGCCUUUUCUCAAAUGGACAGGUGUUAAGUGUCUCGCUGGGACUGGGCGACAAAGAUGUGGCCUACACCUGCAUUGCCUCCAACCCUGUCAGCUGGGAUACGGCCACAGUCACUCCCUGGGAGAGCUGCCAUCAUGAAGCAGCCUCUGGGAAGGCCUCCUACAAGGAUGUGCUGCUGGUGGUAGUGCCAAUCUCAGUGUUCCUGAUUCUAGCUGGUCUCUUUGGGGCAUGGCACCAUGGCCCCUGCUCAGGGAAAAGGAAAAGGAAGGAUGCUGUCACUGACAGGGUGGUUCCAGAGACAGAGAAUCCCCUCGUGUAAGAUACGCCGCCGUGAGGGACAACAUAAACUGGUGCUUGGAUCAUGACCAGACGCCCUUCCCAGCCACAUGAUGCUCCACACCCGGAAACUUCCAGGAUCCUCAGAACUUCCACAAGUCUCCUGUCUGCCGCUAGAGAACAGCCAAGGAAGCCGUCACCCUCCAGGCAAGGUGGACUAAGAGGGUGCUUCCUCAAGAGCACUGGACAUUCUCUAGGAUCCACAGAGACAUUGUCCUUCUAUACUACUGUAUAGAGGGAAUUAUUUAACUAUCAAGAGACAGCCUCCAGGCCAGGUCCUGGGCCCUAAGAGAUACCAGACAUUUGAGCUAACCACUGCCAGCUCCAAGCCCAGCCCCUGGAGUCUGAGAUCCUUGUGUUCAAGAUGUUACCAUAAGCCGGGCGGUGGUGGCGCACGCCUUUAAUCCCAGCACUCGGGAGGCAGAGCCAGGUGGAUCUCUGUGAGUUCGAGGCCAGCCUGGGCUACCAAGUGAGUCCCAGGAAAGGCGCAAAGCUACACAGAGAAACCCUGUCUCGAAAAAACCAAAAAAAAAAAAAAAAAAAAAGAUGUUACCAUAAGAAAAGUUACAGAAUAAGGAAAGGUGGAGGGAAGGGAGGGCUUUUCUUUUCUGGCAUGAAGGACUUUGGCCAUCUGAGUUCAAGGCCCCUCAAAGGUAAACUGAGGUUAUGGGUGACGAAGGAUAGCUGACAUGCCAUCUUGGGAUGGAAGCCAUUUUUCUGGUAGCACCCUAUUAAUAGACAUCUUCAUCCCCAUUGACUACUCUCAUGCCUUCUGCGUGAUCUGGGGUGGUAUUUGGGGGUCUCUCUGUACAUUCUACACAGUUGCCAGAAAGGAAAAACAAACAAACAAAACCCAGAGAGUUUGACCCAGCCAACAGGAAAGCCUUGCACAACGGCAAGAGAAGCCUCUAAGUUCAGGGUGAGUCUGUCCUCCUGAAACUGGGAGAAGGAAGAGCCGUGAGAAGCUACAUGGGAGGAAAACUGUGGAGGGGAAGGAUGGUGAGACACUUCAGAAUCGGCCACAUUCAUUUUCAGAUGCAAGUGUGAGGAGACCCACCUAAGUUCAAGGGGAGAGCCAAGUCCCUACCACUCAACUGUAGGAUGGUCAAGGUUGCUGUGACACACACCGUAGAGGAUACUGUUAUGGCCAUCCCUGGAAAAUGUAUCCUGCCAUUGAAUGAUUCUGUCUUGAAAAA